AUGGCCGGGUUUCAGCGGCUUGAAGCCAUCGAGUGGAACGAAAAGUAUCUGUCAUCAGCCAAACACGACCUUUCAUCAUCGGCCGCCUCAAACAUCUCCUUGUCUGAACUACUUGACAUCUCAGAGGACAGACCGGGUUCCGAAAAGGCCCUGAAACUGCAUGAAGUAAAGCUCCAAGGAAACGAUACUGGCUUGGGCAGCAUUCAUCUACGGAAAAACCUGGCAGCCCUCUACUCUGUGCGCUCUGCGGGGGUGACCGAACACGAUAUUAUAAUUACCAACGGAGGCACUGCUGCAGACUAUACAGUAUUCUCCGCGUUGCUGACCUCUGGGGAUCAUGUCAUUUGCCAACACCCUGUUGAUGAACUGCUCUAUAAGAUACCUGCAUCUCUGGGCGUGGGCGUCACUUGGUGGAACGCAGACCCAGCGAAAAAGUGGGCGGUUGAUAUUGACGAGUUAAAGACAUUGAUCAGGGACAAUACAAAAUUGAUUGCGAUCCAAAGUCCUUGUGACCCUACAGGUGCUAUAGUGUCCAAACCCACUCUCGAGGCCCUCGUUGAAUUGGCAGAGGAAAAGGGAAUAACUAUUCUGGCGGAUGAGACCUACAGGCCUCUUUUCCACUCGAUAUUGCCAUCCGACGAUGAUUUUCCACCCUCAACGAUCAACCUGGGCUAUAAGAAAGUCGUCGUGACAGGAGGGACCGACGUCGAUUCAUUACCGAGUACGCCUGCUCCUGAUGAUGACAGUCAGAACCAAGUGCAACUAUAUGGCUAUAUUACUUCUCACAGGCCUAGCAAGGGCUUCGAUUUCAUCCAACUGGUUGAUCCACGCUUAGAGCUUGCCGUGCAAGUCAUCUUCCCCCAUUCUGUUUCCACUGCGAAGGUCGGAGAAAGUCCCUCGGUGGAAAGUCACAUAGACGCCGAGGAGUCUAGUGAAGAAAGAGAAUCAAGUGAUGGAGAAGUCUCCGAAGGACAGUUGAGCAUUUUCAGAGCCGCUCGUCCUCAUACACCCAUUCGGAUCUCGGGGACCGUUGUGCCACGAUUGAAACGACCCAAAAAGGUACACAAGCGGGUUCCCUCGGGAGAGUCUGCAACGCCACAAAAGAAAAAGCCAGAUACUACUGUCCGAACGCUAGACCCCUAUGUUGGAGACAUCGACCUCAUAUCUCACGUGGAAAUCAGAGCAGAUUCUUACAAAUUUCUCAAUGGAGUUCCAUCUGACCUCACCGCAAAAUGCGAUACAGUGUUUCCGCCAGAGUCGCGACACCUUCAAUUCAGAACGGACUCGGACCUCCGUCGCCGCAUUCGAUUACGCUCGCGCCUCGCAGGAAAGAUACGAGAACAUAUGCUAAGCAAUGAUUUCGAUGAAAUAGAGACACCUCUUUUGUUCAAGUCCACCCCAGAAGGCGCUCGGGAAUUCAUUGUCCCCACGAGAAAGAAGGGCUUGGCAUACGCGUUACCACAAAGUCCGCAGCAAUAUAAACAGGUCCUCAUGGCAUCGGGAAUCUGGAGGUACUUUCAAUUUGCCAAAUGUUUCCGGGAUGAGGAUCUGCGGGCCGACAGACAGCCCGAAUUCACCCAGCUUGAUCUCGAGAUGGCCUUCGCCAGUAGUGCCGACGUGAUGGCUGCGGUGGAAGAUCUACUCAUCCAUGCAGUCUGGCCCAACGUGCCUGGAAUCGCUCCUUUGCAAAUGCCGUUGUCGACGGAGUUCGAGUUCGAAUCGGUCGAUCCGGAAUAUCGCAACCUGGCUUUUCCACAGCUCACAUAUACCGCUGCGAUGACUCGGUUUGGUUCGGACAAGCCUGACACCCGGCUUGGGUCCGAAAUUCAUCGAGUGGAUCAUUGGCUCUCGCCCAAUGUGAAGACCAUGGUAACUUCGCAUGACGAUCCCGUCGUGGAAAUGGUGAAAAUUUGCAUGCAGGGAUGUGAACCAGCAGACAGCCAGAAAUUUGUAACAACGUUUUUGGAAACGUCGCCGAAAGCGAGCUACACGAAUGACAGCGCACGAAUUCCCGGAGUGGCGGUCUUUGAUCCCUUGAAACCGCUGCAUGGAUUGGCGAGCUUUGGCCAUGAAGGCGCAGCCAAAGUGGAAGAAGAAUUCGAUCCCGAACCGGGCGACGUCCUGAUUCUUUAUAGCCGCGAUGGGAAGCCGUUUACUGGUGGAUCUACUGCUCUAGGAGACCUGCGUCGGGACAUCUAUCAGCACGCCAUAUCCGAAGGUCUAAUCCCGUCACCUUCAGGAUAUUCUGCACUGUGGGUAACGGAUUUUCCCUUGUUUUCGCCUACAGAAGACUCCGAGCCUGGACAGGGUGGGUCUGCUGGUAUCUGCUCGACGCAUCAUCCAUUCACGGCGCCUAAGCAAAAUCAGGAUCUAUCGGUGUCCACAUUCAAGAAGGAUCCCUUAUCCAUUAUCGGAGAUCAUUACGACCUCGUGAUUAAUGGGGUUGAGGUUGGUGGCGGCUCCUGUCGUAUACACCGUGAAUUUAUGCAAGAAUUCGUUCUCAGGGAGGUCCUGAAGAUGGAAUCUGAACGUGUGCAGGAUUUUGGCCAUCUACUAAGGGCGUUGCGCUCUGGCUGUCCGCCGCACGCAGGGUUUGCCCUGGGAUUUGACCGGCUAAUGGCCAUGUUGACGAACAGUGCGACUGUACGAGAUGUGAUCGCGUUUCCAAAGUACGCAGACGGUGAAGACAAGUUCGCUGGGGCACCCUCACCGAUAACCCAAGAUCAGCUUGCGACCUAUCAUCUUGCUGCCGCCGAUGACAAGGUUGCCCAUGUAACAACUCCAAAAUUGUCGCGCAAGGCGUAA